AUGGCGGAACAGAAAGGCACGGACAUUCUGAAUCAAGCGGACAGUAUGUGGAAAAUGUUGGAUGAUUUGGCUGAUUCAGAUCCUGAAGCAUACAAGAAGUUUAUUGAUAAAACUUUGAAGGAGGGAUCUACCUAUUUUAAGCCACCUGAACCUUGCUUUUGUAUCUCUACCACUUUGGUAAGUAAACAUUAGAAUUGCGCACUAGAGUAAAUAACCAAACGAAAAUGAUUUACAUUUAGAUCCCUAAGAUUAAGUUUUAGAGAAAUUUUGAACUUUCAUAAGUCCAUUAGCACAUUCUACCCUUAGAUAAACGACAAGAUUUGACUGAUUGAUAUGAGAUAGCUUGAGUGAUAGUGUUGAUUCUGUAUCUAUGAAUUUUGAGGACUUCCUACUUUUGAAAAUAAAUUUAGUCCAAGAAAGCUAUUUUUACAGUUUUUUUCAUAAAUUAUGAUAGAGAUAUAUUUAAUACACUGUAGCAAUAUCAGAGAAAUCGUAUGUGGAAACUUUUCACUGCUCUUAUCUUUACAAUACCUUUACAUUCACUCUGUAUCAGCUGCUUCCCAGAUAUUACACAUUCUUUAAAGCAACAAUUUACACACGCGUCUUGGUUAAAGAAAGAAAGAAAGAGUGAUUUCAGAAUUUAUCAGUCAGUUAUCGUGAAGCUAUCAUCAACCUUUUUUCUUCAUCUUACAUGUGUCUUUGAAGAAGUUUGAGUUUUUUGUUCCUUAAAUUACAGCUUCCAACUGUGAUCACUCAUGAGCUAUUUGUGAACAUCUGUGGCUGGGAACAGAUGCUUGCUCCAAAAUCUGAGAAUGAUGCAAUACCUGUUAUGGCUGGUGAAAUAAAGGAAGUCAAGGAUGGAGAGGCAACAUAUUCAGUGGUUGAUGUAAUAGUUCAUCCUGUGGUCACUAAGGGUGUCAUAAACAGUAAAGAUCGUAAGAACCUCCUAGUUCAUGUUGCUCUGGACUAUUUAGAGAAUGCCAAACAAAUUCAAGUUUCAAGAAAGUACAAAAACCUCAAAAAGUCUUUUAAGGGUGAUCCAAAAACCUUGCGAAAAUAUUUACGUCAAGGAAGAGAACAAGCAUUGAAUCCCACCAACUCUGAGGAACAAAGAAAAGGAGUUUCUCAGAGUCCAGAAUCUCUUUUAAGACAACUUUCAUCAAUAACAGUUUCUGAAAGCCAACAAGAUGGAAAUGACCCAAUAGACCUAUUUGAGCGAUUUGCAGAAAAACCAAAAAAAGUUCUCAUCGAGGAAGUAUCAUCCACUAACACUGUGCCUAUGCCAGUAAUACCAAGUUAUGAAGUUUUGGAGAAGGAUGCUGAGGAUUCCAAGCCAAAAAGGAUCAUUGUCAAAGUAAACUUACCAAAUAUCAUUUCAUCUUCACAGUGUCAACUAGAUGUGUGUGAGGUAUGGAUUACAUUUAAAUACUCCUUUUGGCAGGGGGUUGAGAGGGUACUCCUUCCUCCUCCUCCCCCCCCCCUCCCUUCCCUCUUAUUUAUGUUUGGAAUUUUAGGUCAUAGUUUUAUCCCUCUUGCAGUGAUAAAAUGUAGGAUCCAAAAUGUACAACAAAUUUACUUGAAAAUGUUUUGGAAGAUGUUUGAACUUUGAACAUCAUCUGGUGAUAGGUAAACUUUGCAUGAGAAGUGAUUGAUGUUUUUAUUCCAUAGAUAUACCUAAGAUUAAUUUUGUACCAAAAAUUGACACAACUACCUUCAAACUUUUAUUCUUGUAUCGUAACUGCACAUUUAUAUGUACAAUUUUGUCCCCAUCCUCAAUCAUGAAAUCGCUAACUACUUAAUAGAAUUUAUGAAAUACCUUUUUUUCAGUAUUUUUUUACCUUUUUUUUCCUAGAGUGAAAUUUCACUAGAUUCCCCCGGAGUGUACAACCUUCACAUCAAGCUACCACAGAAAAUUGAUCCUGAAAGAACUGAUGCCACUUUCAACACCAACUCACACAAAUUAAUUGUGAAACUUCCAAUUCAAUCUUGAUGUGGACGUUUGUUUUUUACAGAUAUCACGCUUCAAACGCUCACAUGUUAAGUGUUCUAUUUAUCAUUUAAGAAUGUAUUUAAAAAAAAAUGGUGUGUGAUUUAUAUGG